CCUGUUUCUUGGUUUGUCCCUCACUGCUUGCCAUAGCCCAGGGGGGUUAAUGAUGGCGACUUCCCAGGACUUCCACGUCCAGAUGUGUCACAAAGAAAUUGUCAAAUAUGAUCUAGAGAUCAAAGCUCUGAUCCAGGUACAUGGGAUUCCUGAUAGCUGUGCUUCCUGUAACAGUGAUUCAAUAUGGUGCUGGUAACAUGGCACCUUGCUUAGCCCUUGACAGCAGGGCAGUGAGAGUCACUGAAUCGAGGCAGUGAGAGUCACUGAAUCGAGGCAGUGAGAGUCAUUGAAUCAGGUCAGGGAGAGUCAUUGAAUCGAGGCAGUGAGAGUCAUUGAAUCAGGUCAGGGAGAGUCAUUGAAUCGAGGCAGUGAGAGUCAUUGAAUCGGGGCAGUGAGAGUCAUUGAAUCGAGGCAGUGAGAGUCAUUGAAUCGGGGCAGUGAGAGUCAUUGAAUCGGGUCAGGGAGAGUCAUUGAAUCGAGGCAGUGAGAGUCAUUGAAUCGGGUCAGGGAGAGUAAUUGAAUCGAGGCAGUGAGAGUAAUUGAAUCGAGGCAGUGAGAGUCAUUGAAUCAGGUCAGGGAGAGUCAUUGAAUCGAGGCAGUGAGAGUCAUUGAAUCAGGUCAGGGAGAGUCAUUGAAUUAGGUCAGAGAGAGUCAUUGAAUCAGGUCAGUGAGUCAUUGAACCUCCUCCUUAGGACUGGCAAAGCAUCAUGGGAGACGUAGUACACAGUAGCUGGGGUGUGAAAGGUUAUUCCUAAUUGUUUCUGAUUCAUUAGUGGGAUCCCUAGAAUUUAUAGAAUUGUGACAAGUUGAAUAGAACCUGCAGUAAUGUCUUGGAAUCCUGCUUACAGAAUACAGUUUAGACUGGCUGAGUAUCAUGGUAAAUGCAAUCUACAAAUAUCUGCAACACUGGGAUUAGCCAUGGUUGCUGUAAGGGUGCGGUGUAUUAAACUGGGAUGAGAUUGUGUACUGCAGAUCAGCUAUAGAUGUAUUGUUGCCAUUUGUUUUUAUUUUUAUUGCGUCAUGCAACUUUUUUGAAGGGUCACCCACAUAGACUUUAAGUGAUAAAAUCUUCUUUAUGCUGGUGUGGCAUGUCCUAGAUAUUUAGUAAUUUAAGAUUAACCCAAACAUUUUUAAGGUUCACAAUGUGGUCCAUAAAAACCCUUAUGCUAAUAUGGGAAAUGCUGUUUAUUUUUCUUUAGUAGUGAGUUAUUUCAAAGUAGGAUCUUUAAAAGUUGGUUCAAUAUGAAGACAUUUUUCUGUUAUUUAAAGGAACACCCCGGCGCCAUGUUACUAUAAUACAGUAUGUCAAAUGUUUUAAACAUCAACAACAUACCUGCACAGGAAGCUGGAUGUCUCUAUUCAGCCUAGGCACAGCUGAUACAGGACAGUGCUCAUUGGCUAAGACCACCCAACUGAUAAUUUCAGCCAAUGAGUGUGGUCCUGCUUAGCUUAGCAUAGCUAACUGGAUUAAGGCCACAGGUGCCUAGCAAGACCUGGUUAGUUGCGGAACCAUUCUAAAAUCGUUUGACAAAUCAAACUAAAAGGCCGUCAGCGUGCUGUAGUGGUUAUGGUGCUUGGAAUGUUCAUUUAAUUUUCUAUAACACUGCUGAACUUAUACCAUACCCAGUGCUUUAUGGGGACAACACAGCUUUCUGGGAGCUUUAAUUCAUGUGUCACAAUUCUUCUGUAGAAAGCCAACACCUGAAGUACAGAUCUCAGUUUUGCAUGUACCCUUGUCUUAUUGAACAAUCUAAAGUUAAACGGACAUAGGCACCCAAACCCCUUCUUCUCAUUGAAGUGGUCUGGGUGUAGUGUCCAUGUUCCCUAAACUCUGCAAUGUUUACAUUGCAGUUUUAAGACUGACUCUAGUGGCUGUCUACCAGACCGCACUGCACUGGUGUUUGACUCUGUGAAAUAGUGCUGGACAUCCUCAUACUUUGCAUAAAGACAUCCAGCAUCUAUAAAACCCCAUAUAAAAGUAUUGAGGCAAUACUUUCCAAUGGGGAAGGCCUAAAGCACAUGCGCAUUAUAUCCCCCCCCAUCGGCUGACGGAGUAGGAGGAGCACGACACAGCACCGAGGGACAUCUGUGCUUGAAUCUGGUAAGUGUAAAAUGGUUUUUCAACCCUUUAUUUGCCAUGGUAGAGGGCACUAUAGUGUUAGGAAUACUGUAUUGUAUUGCCAGCACUUUAGUUUUAUUUUAACAGUGUGUUUAUGUGUAUUAUUAUUAUUAUUAUUAUUAUUAAAAGUUAUAGAUGAUCUGUUAUCAUAUAUUGCGUACUAAAGAAUACUCCUAAUGAUUAUAGGACAUUCGAGAAUGCUCUGGUCCUCUAAGCGUGCUCACUGAUCUAAAUGCACAAGUUAAAGAGAAAUUCCAUCUCCUGAGAUUGAGAAUACAGGUGAGUCAACACAUGUGUAAAAGCUGAAUUAAAGGGGAAGACUAGACUGUAAUGCUUUGUACCAUAUGGCGGUAAUGACUGUGAAUUCACACUGUUAUCUAUCAAACACCUGGCUAUGAAUGCUCACAGCUAUACUCUAACACGUGCAAGCCACUGAUUGUUCACUGCUAAGUUAUACAGGUUACAUUAUUUAUACUAAAGUAAAUUGGCAUACUGUUUUGAUGCCAUUCUUAAUAAAACACUCUACCUGUGUGUUCUGUUAUUUUCUUGACAUUGUCUGCUUAUGCAUCGUUAUACAAAAAAAAAAAAUACAAGUAGAUACAACUUUGCCCCAAUUAUUUCUGAUAAAACAACUCCCUGAAGAAUAGAACUAUAUUCUGAUGCAGAAUCUUUUAAGAGUGAUAGUCAACAUCAGCUGCAUCUACUUGCAUAAUGCACAGGUGCCUAAAAUCUUAAACAAACAUGCCCAGGACAAUGCUGAUAAUGUAUGUCUUGCGUGACUUUCAAAUUGUUGUGUUAUCACACAUGCACAAAUUUGGCAGUGGCACACACAAUCGCAGAGUGCAAUAUUGAAAUGUGCAUUUCGGUCAUUGUCUGAUUUUUUUUUUUUUGCUUAUUUCUAUAACUGUUAUAACUCAGAGGGGUAUAUAUGUUCUAGGAUCUUGAGCAGAUGGCCAGAGAGCAGGAUAAGGAAUCUGACAAGCAAGCCUUGCUGAAGGAGAUGGAGUGUCACAAAAGGCAGAUGCUCAGGUAGGUGUAGGUCACAAUAGUGCUUCUCAAACUGGUUCUCAAAGACCAUGUUUCACUAUUGGUAUUAUUCACUAAAAUACAAUACAAUAAAACAAGUGAAAAAAAUGGCGCUAUCAAUAAAGUUAUAAAAUAAAAAAUACAAAAAGGGGGAGCAGCACCUAAACAGUGUAUUAGCCCCAAAACACUCCUGAAAAAAAAAACACAAAAAAAACCAAACAGAAUUUGCAGUAGAUAAUUCUGAGAAUAUUAGGGCAUUUUAAGUUUGGAAGAAGAAUUUGAAAGGCUGUUUACUUGAUUCAGUUUUUUCAUAAACUUACAAAACAGAAUUGGCUUUGACCAAACUGUAUUUUUCACCUGAAGUUGCUUAAAGGGAUACUCCACUGUCUAAAUGGAGAAAUAACUACAAAUCAGUGAUUAGGAAAUAUACCCCUAUAAAAACAUGCAUGCAUUUUAUUAUAUAUUUUUUAUUGUGAAUAUAUCCACAAACGGCUUGGGAAAGCUAUAGAUCUGCUGUCUCCAGCCUUUGUAAGCCUUCCCCUUCUUCCCCAGCCCAGACUUUCUGUGGCUGUCCAAUCACAGAUUUCCCAAUACAGCUCAAUGAUAAGCUUUUGCAAGGCAUGUGCUCUGUGCAAUUUCCUGCCUUUUGAGUUUAGCCUGUUUUUUUGUCUGAUUGGCACCCAAGGGGGUCUAACAAGGUUAAUGCGUAAAAAAUGUCAAUUUCAAUAGAAAUCUGCACUUUUUAUAAAAUGAAAAAAGAAGACAAACUCUUCACACAUAAAACAGUUGAGCAAGCUAAAAACUAAAUUAAUAGUUGCUUUUAUAGUUUCUGCACUGCUUUAGUUGCACAGGCAAGCAGCAGAAGUGAGCUCUGACCAAACCAGGAAGAGUCUCCAUCGGAUACAAAUUUUUUCUCUCUCUGUUCUGUGGGAUCUAAUGUUAUCACUUAAAGCCCCUUAAAGCCAACAAAACAUAAUGGCAUAUAUAAUUCUGGUCACUGGCAGUACUUCUAUUCAUAAUUUCUGAUCAAUGGAACAACUGAAUAAGAUGAUAAUAGCCAUGACACUGCUGUGAUCACUUUGACAGCCUUAUUCAUACCCUUACUAUUCACACAUAAAGCACUUUAGCAAGAUAUAUUGCUUUAGGGGUCUGGAGUGCCCCUUUAAUAUACCAGGGAAUUAAUAUGAUAUUUUUGAAAAUGUUAUAUAUUUAUCGAGCUAAAAAAUACAACUUUACACCUUAUGUAGGUGAAAUACUAAGUUGAGACAUUUUCUGUUUUUGAUGUUAAAGGACCACUAUAGUGCCAGGAAAACAUACUCGUUUUCCUGGCACUAUAGUGCCCUGAGGGUGCCCCCUCCCACCCGGCUCUGGAAAGGGGAAAGGGGUUUAAACUUACCUUUUUCCAGCGCUGGGCGGAGAGCUCUCCUCCUUCUCUCCUCCUCCGUUCCGCCCCGUCGGCUGAAUGCGCAUGCGCGGCAAGAGCAAAAUCACAGUGAGAAGCACGCAAGCGCCUCUAGUGGCUGUCAAUGAGACAGCUGCUAGAGGCUUUGGGGGAAGGCUUAACCCAUUCAUAAACAUAGCAGUUUCUCUGAAACUGCUAUGUUUAUGAAAAAAUGGGUUAACCCUAGCUGGACCUGGCACCCAGACCACUUCAUUAAGCUGAAGUGGUCUGGGUGCCUGGAGUGGUCCUUUAAGUACAAGUGAGGAUAACAAAAGCAGUUUUUUCCAUUUGAAAGAAAUAUUAAAUGCUCACCAUGUUAUUUUUCAUUUAAUAUUCUGUGGUGGUAACAAGGAAAUACUUAAAUAUUGCACCUGUAUUUCCUUUGAAUGUUAAGACUUAGCUUUCACUAAAUAUAUAAUAUAAAUAAAUCUGCAAAUUAAAUGUACAGCUACCAUUACACAGUACUAUACAACCAAGACUUUAUUGGACAAUUCAUACAGUGCAUAGCGAUGCUGGGUGUCUGUGAAGAUAGGUGUGCAAAUUCCUGGGAGGAUCAUUAAUGAGCAGUGAAGUAGCCAAUAGGAGAAGCAAUUAUUUCAUAUCCCCCAAAGCUAGCCACCCCCCAUGUAAUCCUGCCAGGCCCUUUCAUGUUAACUUCCAUUGACAGCAGUUGGCUUCUUAUUGAUGAACAGGGACAUCUGUGGUCAUCCCACAUGGGCCCAAUCCACCUACAGACUCUUCACUCAAUCACUCACCUGCCUUCUACCUGCUGUUGCUGUAUAUUCACUUAUAUCAUCCUCAGCUUACAUCAAAAAGUAGAGCUCCUCUAUUGAUUUGGGAACAGGAAUAUGUGUAAGUACCGGAGAAUAGUUGCUUUACGUUUGUUGCACAAUGAAGGUCAAAACCUAGGGGGGAAAAUAUAUUCACUUUCAUUCUUGUACAGUUUCUUUAUGAGUUCUUGCCCUUUCGCCCUCUCAGAAUUCAUUCACACAAGUGAAAAACAUCUGGAAACCGACAAUUUAAAAAGUCAGUCUUGUGAUCAAGCUCAAGUCAUUUCUACUCCUUUCUUUAUUGCAGUAAUCAGACCGUAUGGAGGAAGUCAAACCUUUCCUGUAAGCAGACAAUUGACAACUCUGAGAAAGAUGAACUACUUGAAGGAGGGGAUCCUACGAGACAGAGGUGCAGAGUGUUUCUUAUUCAGUGUAUAGGUGUACAGAACAUCCCGCUUCCUGCUGCUAUAGGCUUUGUUGUAUCGAAUGAUUCCUUGCUAGUGCAUUAUUAUAAUAUAUUAAUGUAUACAGAAUAAGAAAGUUCCACCUAGUUGUAUGUUUGUUGUGUUGCUGAUGACAAAGUAAUGAGACUUUUUUUCUUUAUCAAACUUCAGGCUGGAUUGCUCCAGCAACUGCCUCUUUUUGGUUUGAAUCUACAUUCCGGCCAGGUGCACAGUAGGGAUCGACCGACAUUGAUGUUUUUUUAGAGCCGAUACCGAUUAUCUGUGAACUUUUAGGCCGAUAACUUACCAAUAUUCCCAUAGGAAAGCAUUGAAUAAUAUGGGGAAAUCCUAAUGCGAGCAUGGCUAUUUCCACACACGCACAUUAGGUCUCCCCCUCGGGGGAGGAGCGGGGGCGGAGCUGAGCCAGCACCGAGGGUCGUCUGCGCUGGACCCAGAAAAGGUAAGUGACAGGAGGGGAGGAUGGGGCCUUGACAGAGGGGGAAGCUAUAGUGCCAGGAAAACGAGUUUGCUUUCCUGGGCUGGCAUGAUAGCUUCCCUUUAAUUUGGACUGUGUGCUGCCAGUGCCCAGUUAACCCAUUGGCCAAAAUGCAGAAAACAUGUGUCCCCCCUCUCUUCUUCUCUGUAUGAUUAACCACUCCUCAGCUCAUUUGAAUUUAUAUUUCUCCCAGCAGUAGCAUAUAUCCAGUACCAUGGGAGGGCGUGUUAUUAUCAAUUGUAUAGUGUCAAUAUACUGCCCAAUACAAUACCCAGGACUUUAUUAUCAUUGCUAGUAUACUACCCACUCCCAGUGCUUUAUUAUCAUUUAUAAUAUAGUGCCAAUAUACACCCAGAGCUUUAUUAUCAUAUAGUGCCAUCCACCACCACCACCCCCCUCACUGACUACCAAGGGCUUUAUUAUCAUUUAUAAUAUAGUGCCAAUAUAUACCCAGAGCUUUAUUAUCAUAUAGUGCCAUCCACCACCACCACCCCCCUCACUGACUACCAAGGGCUUUAUUAUCAUUUAUAAGAUACUGCCAAUAUAUACCCAGAGCUUUAUUAUCAUAUAGUGCCAAAAAACCACCCCACCCCCCUCACUGACUACCAAGGGCUUUAUUAUCAUUUAUAAGAUACUGCCAAUAUAUACCCAGAGCUUUAUUAUCAUAUAGUGCCAAAACCAUCUCAUCCUGCCUGGUGCAACUACCUCAUCUGUGAAGUCUUCUCUCUCAGUGCUCAUCCUCUUCUUAGAUAGCGAGCUUUUGUUUGUAUCCUGUAGCUUCAUCCUCAGAUGUUACUCACACAUCUUCCUGGUGAGGAACACCAAUUUCGAUUUAAGCUGCGCACACCAUAUUGCAUGCACAACUUGGACUGAGAGAAAGUGGCAAGUAUUUCUUUUCAUUGAAUUUCUGUUCUCAACAGGAAAGUAGCAAAAGAAAAUCUGGCCCAGUCCGCAAGCAAUAUAACGGAAAGCCUGAUGGGUAUCAGCCGAAUGAUGUCACAGCAGGUUCAGCAAAGUGAAGUAGCCAUGCAUACACUGGGUAGGUACGAGUUGUGUGUCUGCACAGGUUGUCUCUGGUUAUAAGGCAAGGGACAGUGAGCACUGCCAUUGAUUAAUAAAAGUAUGGAGUGUACCUGUCUAACAAAAUUUACUACAGAGCUCAAAAUGUCUACUUGCCCACUUUCUAUUUUCAAGUGGGACUUCAGCCCUGGCAAGUGUGGGAUACGCACACACAACCACACAUCCAGCAGCCAUCUGUGCCUCAUCAGUAGUUUAUUUUAUUUGUUUUUAUUUUGGUGCACAGUAUCAGCAUGACUCUGCAGCUAUGUUCUUGUUAAUUGGUCAAUCACUGCUGAAACGAUAAGGAGAACGUCCAAGAGUCUUCCAAGAGACAUUUGUUAAUCUCCUUUACCUACAAUAAUAACUAGUUUUGUCUUUGCUUUCUUUGAACAGCAACCUCUUCCAGGACAAUACUGGAAACCAAUGAAGAAUUUAAAUCCAUGUCUGGAACCAUACAGCUUGGUCGUAAACUCAUCACCAAAUACAAUCGUCGUGAACUGACAGACAAACUUCUCAUCUUCUUGGCUCUGGCAUUGUUUUUGGCAACUGUACUCUACAUCCUAAAAAAAAGACUAUUUCCGUUUUAAUGGCUGCCGCGGGGUAUGUCAAUAAGAUUGUAUGUACAGACAAUACAAACUUCACGAUUGCCUGUCUGCAUCGUUGAACAUUAGACACUGUAUGUCUCCCGGCACUACGUCAUUAAAUUACUUUGACCACGUGUGUGGAACUAAUAGUGAAAGGCCUCUUGACAAACAAGAACACAUUAACUAAAAUUGGUUUUAGAUGAAUUGUGACUUCAGUUCUUUUCAGUUGUAUGAGAGGAAUUAAAACAUAAAGAGAACAUGUAAGGAAGGCUAUUGUCAGCUGAUAAAAGUAUAUGUGUUACUUUCUGAAAUCUUAUAGUUUCUAAUGUUUAUUGACUAAUACAACAUCUUUGUGUGAUUAUAUGUUUGUAAUACCCCUUAAAUGUAUACGAAUGAGAGCAGCUCCAUUAACUUCUUGUCUUGGCAUUUACCGGAGUUAACAGUUGUUACUAAUGUUAAUGGCCAUAUUAAUAUAUAUUGGUAAUUAAUUUGACAACUCUACUAUAUUCUUGUUAUGAGAUAUAAAACAUUUACUACAAUAUUCCUUAUCACUUAUACAAAAUUAAACCAGGUUCAAAUUUCCAAGCUUUUUUCCCCGACAGGACCACUGCACCCAGACCACUUCACAGAGGUGAAGUGGUCUGGGUGACUUUAGUGUAUCUCCUACGCAGAAUACGUGGCAAGUUCACCUGGAGAUUAAAUUUGGAUUUAAUGCCUUUUCAUAGAGCAUUAUUAGAGACCUUGUGAAAAGUGUGCAAUAAGCUUAUCAGUUUACAGUGAAACCAGGAGAACUCCAGUAGGCAAUCUGUCAGAAACCCUCACGUUGUAAAGGCUAUAUGGCUAUACUUUUAUAGAAGCUAUAAUCUUAUUUACUAUUAUCAUUCCUUUAACCACUGAUUCAUUGGACAGCCAUGUGACAAAGUAGAGGAAGUGAAAUCUGCAGCAACAUCAACAGCAUGAACAAGAUGAACCAUUUGUGAUAUCUUAUGUGGGUGCCAUGACAAUGCUAAUAAGAAAGCUAUGGAAGGCAAUUUCUGCAGAUCAGUCAGAGCUUUUACUAGUAGACGGUAGUGGGAGUAUUCUUUGUUAUUAAAUAUGAGCCCUCCCUUCACUGUCAAGAUGGCCUCCAAAGGCAUGCUUCCUGUCUCCAUGCAGACCUAUACUUAUGGAGCACGCUAGAGUUCAUAUUUUCAGUGUUUAAUGUAUAUAUCAUUUGAUUUAUGUCAUGAAGGCUGGAAAAUGAACAGAAUGUUCUUUGAGUUUACUUUGUAAUAAACCAUCUAUUAUCUGAGCGCAAAGAAUUGUCAUUAAUGGUACAUUUCCAAGCUGAGCGAAAGUGGUAAGUGGAACCUUAGGUUUCUGUUUUGGGUUCGUUUCUAUUUAACAUAUUUAAAAACGAUCUUAAAAGAGGCAUUGAGAGUCAUGUUUCACUGUUUGCAGAUGACCCAAAACUCUUUAAAGUAAUAAAAUAUGAGCAGGAUAUUGCAGGGGGAUUUAGAUAGAUUUGGGGACUGGGUACUUAAAUCAAAUGGCAGAUUACAUUUAAUGUAGAGAAAUGCAAAGUUAUGCACUUCAAGGUUAAAAAUGCACAAGCGAUUUACAGCCUUAAUGGUAGUGAGUUAGGGAUAACACACGAGAAGGAUUUGGGAAUUGUUUUAAACAACAAACUAGGCAACAUUGUGCAAUGUCAAUCAGCAGUUGGUAAGGUAUUGUCAUUUAUAAAACAGUGCAUUCAUUCUUGGAAUAAAAACAUACAUUUGCCUCUUUAUAAAUCACUGGUAGACCGCACCUUAAAUAUGUUGUGCAAUGUUGGGCACCUGUUCUAAAAAAGGAUAUUAU